AUGACGCAGUGUCGAAGAUCCAUUGACGAGGUCAUCCCCGACCUGAGCACCAUCAAAUUCGAGGAUUUCGCAAAUAACGGCGACAGGAACAAGGCCCUUCUGGCGACGUAUGCGCUCGCGAGCCGCCUCGAGACGCCGUGGGAGACGGCGCAUAAGCAAGGAGUCAAAGAGGAUGUCCAGUAUCUCGCGGAGAUGCUUUCUGCUCGGAAUCGCUCCCUUUUCCAGUCCCCCCAUGCCGCCGCGAAGCAUGACGGCCCGAUUCUCGUCGAUGUCGGCGGUAGUCUCGGGCACGACACGAACAAGUUCCUAUCCAAGUAUCCCGAUCUUGCAUUCCGCUGCUACAUCCAGGACCUGCCAAAUGUAGUCGCCGAUCCGAAAGCGCCGGACGCCCUGCAUAAUAUGGCGCAUAAUUUCCUCACGCCGCAACCUGUACACGGCGCGAUGGUGUACUACCUCCAUGCGAUCUUGCAUGACUGGUCUGAUGAGACAGCGAGGAUGAUCCCGCAGUGUCUGGAUCGCGCGUUGAAGAAACGAUACAAUCGUGUCCUGGGACUUGCAAAAUGGGAGCCGGGGACAGAUGGUGACAUUGAGAGCCUGGCAUCGCCCAGUCAGCUGACAGCAAUGUUUCACAGGCCACCCUGCGCCAACAACUCGGAGCCUCGCGGGACCAGCGUUGGCGCAUAUGCACCGCAGCUGAUACGGCUUCAUCCACACCUAUCUCGCCCCGAGCUUGUCCGAGCGGCAUGUAUGUACCAAUUGCUGCACUUGAAGCCGUGCUGCGGGAACACAUAUCCGAAUGGUCGCGGCAAGUCCCAUUCCAGGUAUCAUGUUGAGGAUGACCCUAAGAUCUCAACCGCUGUGGAAAUGUCGCACUGCCCCAGCGAUGCUCUCAUCGAGCCAAAGACAGCGAUGGAUAUGUUGCCAGCAUGGAGUCCACUCACAACGAUCGUCGUCGCCUGGGUGGUAUUUUAUGUCGUUCAGAUGCUGUACAAUGUCUCGCCACUUCACCCUCUCAGCCAUAUCCCCGGCCCUAAACUCGCCGCUGCAACCUGGCUAUAUGAAAUAUGGUUCGACCUGGUCUUGGGGGGCACGUACACGCAGAGGAUAAAGCGAAUGCAUGAAGAAUACGGUCCAGUUGUCCGGAUCAACCCAGAGGAACUGCACUUCAAUGACAUUGCGUUCGUCGACGAGAUCUACGCCGGCGCCGGCCGCAAGCGUGACAAACAGCCGCACUACCUGAAUUUCUUCUCUGGCUCAGUGGCGACGUCAACGAUCGCGACAAGCGGCCAUGACCUGCAUCGUAUUCGUCGGGCCGCACUGAAUAAAUAUUUCUCGCGGGCGCAGAUAUCGAACCUGGAGUCCGGCAUCAAGGAUCUGGCUGAGGCGCUAUGCGAGAAGAUGAUCCGGCUGGGCACGAGAGACAACAAACCGUUCGACCUCAAGACAGCGUACAGCUGCUUCACGGCCGACGUGAUUUCGAAGUAUUGUUUCGGAGAGCCCUUUGGGUUUGUCGGCCAAGCAGAAUGGGAGCCGAACUUCCGGAAAGCGCUGCUUGGAGGUCAAGGGCCAGUCCAUCUUUUUCGAGCUUUUCCCUUCGUGCGGGCCCUGACGAACGUCGCCCAGCUGUUUCCGACAUGGGCGAGUCCUGACCUGAGAGAGAUGCUAACCGAGGCGAAUGAGCGAAUGCCAGCGCGGAUACAAAAGGCUCGAAAAGAGUACAAUACAGGUGUGUCCAAUGUUAAGCCAAGCAUAUUUGGUGCUAUUCUCGCUUCAAAUUUGCCGGAGGUAGAGAAGUCGGACUGGCGAUUGGGAGGCGAAGGGUUCAACGUGAUCGCUGCUGGUACGGACACGACGUCUUGGGCUCUAACCGUCGUCACCUUUUACCUCCUGAGCCAAAGAGAAACGCUCGACCGUCUGCAAAGGGAACUCGAAGGCGCGGACGCUGUCAACCUCUCAUGGAUUGCGCUUGAGAAACUGCCCUACCUCAAUGCCGUCGUAUUAGAGGGCUUGCGCCUUUCGCACGGCCUGGGAGCGCGACUCGCUCGCGGUGCGCCCACCGAGACUUUGGUGUAUCAAGGCGAAUACAAAGGCCGCAGGCUCCAGUACUCCAUACCGCGCGGCACGCCGUGUGGGAUGUCUAAUGCGAUUAACCAUUAUAACGAGGAGGCAUUCCCUGAUCCUUAUGCAUUCAGCCCCGAGCGAUGGCUCGGUGUCAACGAGGCCCAGCGACGGCGGAUGGAUGCGUCCUUGACAGCGUUCUCCAGGGGAAGCAGACAGUGUCUAGGUAUCAAUCUAGCAUACUGCAACCUGUAUCGCGCCCUGGCUGCGCUGGCGUUGCGGGUCUUUCCACGCAUGGAGUUGUAUGAGACAACGGUUGCUGAUGUUCAAUAUGACUAUGAUUUGUUCCUGCCGAUGGUCAAGAGAGGGUCCCAGGGAGUCAGAGUUACGAUAUCCUAG